AUGCUUUUUCAGAGGAAUACAGAAUAUGUGCGCAAUUUUCAAGUGAGCACAAGCUCUGGUUCCAUCGCCUAUGGUCCAGGUUCCAUCAUCAAUGGCUCCAUCAUGGUUACAUUGGAUGAUAAGCCAUUAUCUGCUCAUUCAAUUCGUGUUGUAUUCAAAUGUGAAGAACAAGAUAGUGCUCGUAAUACUACCACCAUCUUUUCUGUCGAGACCUUUGUUUGGGGUGCUGAACCGCAAGAAUUGUCUCAGGGUAGUCACAUGUACUUGUUUGCUAUUCGUUUGCCUCAAGUUAAUUACCCCCCUUCAAUGCAUGACUCACCUUUUGGUCACCGCAUUCAUUAUACUUUACAAGGCAUACUCGAUACCAGUACAAGCACACCACAUAUCACUCCUAUCGUACCCAUUAUCUAUUUACCUCUUGUCACUUGCAACCCUACCGCCUUGACUCAAACUUCUAAAAAGACUCAAGUCUUUGAAAAGGAAGAUAAAAAAAUUGAGGUUACAGCUGAAUUAAUUAAACCUGCUUAUUGUCCCGGUAAACUAAAUUUUGUAGCCACAACACUUCCCCCAUCCGAUUCUGUCAGUACACCUUAUGUACACAAGGAACAUACCUUGUUGACGGAAUCCUUCUUUGUGACGAUUCCUAAGCAAGCGCAUAACCAUCAAGAUAUAUUUCAGUUUACGAUCCCUAACAACGUAGUCCCUACUUUUACCAAUAAGCUUGGUAAAUACAUUGAUAUUGCCUAUGAAGUGAUUAUCAUGAUGGGAGGAGGUACUUCUCAAGGAUGGUUUGGUGGAUAUGUAUCUAAUUCUAUCUCACUUCCGAUCACGGUGGCUACUGUACCACCUGCUUAUCCUAUCUCACUGCAAGUGCAUGAGAAUGUGGAUGCUGAAUUACCUUGCUUUAUACCAAAUAUUGAAUCACCUUUACCUAGUCCAGUUCACUAUCCAGCCGAUCGAGCUUACUCUGUAUCUCCUUCUGGUUCUUUCCAAAUAAGGGAUGACUUGGAUGAUGAUGAUUUCUCUUUGAACCGUCAAGAUGCCACUGGUCAUUUAAUGGUACCAGAUCCUGUCCGUCGAGUCUCCACUGCUUCUGACAUUACACUUGCUGCCAACUCUCUUAUCCAGGCUUAA